AUGGCUACUCACGUUAUCACUCCCGUUACAAACCAAAUCUCUCUCUACGGUCAUCCCUCGCCCGCUCCCUCCAAUAAUACCACUCCCACUACCACCACCAACAACUCUCCUACCUCGCCUCGUCUCUCCUCUGCUACUCUUAAUCAAUUGCCACUUCAGUCUCGUCAACUGCGUCCUCCCAAGGCGCCUCUCUAUGUUCCUGCCGCUCUGCGCCCGACCGAACGUCCUCAGAAGCACUCGCCCCCCACUCCUCCGCGCAGUGUACAUGGCUCGCUCGACAGUCUGAGCAACAGCGACACCAGUGAGACUCAUGAGCCUAUCAGUCGUCGCUCCACCAUGGAGAGCACCACCAGCAGCAACGGUGUUAUCAGCAAGUUAGCCGAGGAUGAGUGGAUGAAGAAUGAACACCUGGGUUUGGUCACUGGUUUGCCCACCCGAGACCACUGGAAAGCGGAUUCGGCUUCUUCCAACUGCGACUCUCCCACCUGCCGCUCCUCCUUUGGUCUGUUCCUGCGUCGACACCACUGUCGUCACUGUGGUCACGUCUUCUGCUCCUCGCACACUCCUCACCUUGUUCCUCUCGACCAGAAUGCUCGCUUCCACCCUGACGGUGUGCCCUCUCGCGCCUGUGAUCUCUGCUGGCACGCCUUCAGCCGCUGGGAGGAGUCUCGCACCGAGCGUCUGAGCAAGAUUCAGAGCGUCUUGGAUGCACAACAGACUGGUCCGUCUGAGACCUCGCAGGACUCGGAUGCCUCGGACGCUUCUCAAGAGGACACCUCCAAGUCUGCUCUCACGCCUCCUCUUGCUCAGCCUGGUGAAAUUGCAGCCAGCGUUCCUCGCGGCUGGAACUGGAGCACUUUCUAA